AUGGGAUCUCAGCAUUCUCUUGCACAUGCUCCCUCCUGCAAGCGAAAGAAAGAAGAUGACAGGGAGGCUUUGCUGACUGAUCUAGAACAGGAAGAAGCCAUUGCUCAGUUCCCAUAUGUGGAGUUCACAGGGAGAGAUAGCAUCACCUGUCUCACGUGCCAAGGAACAGGCUAUAUCCCAACAGAGCAAGUCAAUGAAUUGGUGGCUUUGAUCCCACAUAGUGAUCAGAGAUUGCGCCCUCAGAGAACUAAGCAGUAUGUCCUUCUGUCGGUCCUACUCUGUCUCCUGGCAUCUGGUUUGGUGGUUUUCUUCCUGUUUCCACAUUCAGUCCUCGUGGGUGAUGAUGGCAUCAAAGUGGUGAAAGUCACAUUUAAUAAGCAGGACUCACUUGUAAUUCUCGCCAUCACGGCCACCCUGAAAAUCAGAAACUCCAACUUCUAUCCUGUGACAGUGACCAGACUGUCCAGCCAGGUUCAGUACAUGAACACAGUGGUUGGCACAUAUGUGACCACUAACAUCUCCCCCAUUCCACCGCGGAGUGAGCAACUGGUGAAUUUUACGGUGAAGGCAGAGAUGGGAGGACCAUUUUCUUAUGUGUACUUCUUCUGUACAUUACCUGACAUCCUGGUGCACAACAUAGUGAUCUUCAUGCGAACUUCAGUGAAGAUUUUAUAUAUUGGUCACAUGACCCAGAGCUCCUUGGAGACACAUCACUAUGUAGAUUGUGGAGCAAAUUCCACAGCUGUUUAGCAUCUGCUCAUGGUUCUCCAGUGGCAAUACCUAUAAAAGAGAGCCCAGCAUCUGUUCCUGAGUUCCAUACUGAUCCCAGGUGGUAUAAGAAGAGGACAAAUUUUUUUUCUUAGCCCACAGCAAACCUCCCUCCUACCCCUUAGGGGGAACCUCCUUCCUAUAGCACCAUGUAUGUUUCUCAGAACCAGCAGAAUCACUGCCCAGUGCCUCGCUUGUGCCCAGCAAAUAGUUGGCACUCAAUAAAGUUUGAAGAAUUUAAUUUAGAUCUUUUUAGCUGUUCUUGAGGCAUUAUAAGCUGAAUCUAUACCAUGCUUCUGGGUUAUCAAACCACAGAGUGGCAUGAAGAUAGGACUGUUAGUGCAUCUGCAGAUAUGUCAGUGCCUCAUCUGCACAGAGUGGCAUCAGGGUACCCUUGAAAUACCUAAAAGAAGAGGGCAUGGAACCACUCAAUGUGUGCAUUUGUUUGAUCUGUUUCCAAAUGCCUAGAAGCUUUUAAAAGAAAGAUUUUCUUUCUUUCUUUUUUUUUUUCCUGUAGAAAGUCACACUUGUUUCUACCCAAAGUCUAUGUGGGGCUUGGUUUACCCUUCAUCCAUUGGCUGGAACAUGGAUUGGGGGUUUGAUUAAAAAAAUAAAUAAACUCUGUUUUUGAUUC